UAUUUUUGUUAAAAAAGAAUAGCAUACGAGUUCAACCUGGAGUUGCCGAAGGAAGUGAAACACAUUUUCAUCGAUCCACAACAUAAGAAACAGUGACAGAGUGUAACAACAACAAGAAGAAAAGAAUCAAAACAUGGUCGAUGUAAAUUCACCCUUACUCAGUGAAAUCGAGGAGGAAAUCACCCAAGACCCCCAAAACGACACCGUAAGGCACGUCCGAACAAAGGUACCGGAGGUUGAGAUCCAUUUAUUCCGGCAGGGGAAAGGACCGGUUGUUGUGUUCAAAUCGGCGUUGGGAGGUUGGGAACAGGAUCAGCUAGAAGUCGGAGAUAUUCUCGAAAAACAUGGAUUCAAGUGUUUAUUUGCGUUUAAUCAUCAAAAUCGUGUUCGUGGUGUUCCUGUUCGGUUUAACCCUAGGAAUGGGAGGUCGAUUUUGACUUAUAGAGAUGGUGCUGUUGUUUACCUUGAUGGAGAACCUAAGGACUCACUACUUAAACCAAUUACCAGGAUCUUGCUCGGGGUAGCACUAAUAACCCUCAUGAUAGUAGUAGUUUCGAGAGAUACUCCCGAAUGGAUGAAGAAGUUAAACUUUUCUUCAGGGAACUUUCCUCCAUGGAUCUUGGCUUGUGUAGUUAUUGUCUUCACCCGCAUGAGAAAGAGAACUAAAGAUUUUCUAACAAAACGCGGUUGGUGAAUGGACCCGUAUUGCUGCUUUUAUGGUAGGCUUUUAUGCUUUUCUCUCCGCCAUUUCAAGUUGUCUGUCUAAAUUGAUAUAUUUUUGACAAUUAGUUUUAUCAUCAUAAACGAUAUAGGUUAAUAAUAGGUGAUGUUACAUUUGAUAAUCCUGUCUGAUACAUGCUCUUGUUGUUCGAAGAGUAACGGGUUCUUUCUAUCUGCAUACUAUUUCUCCUUCA